AUGGGCGAGACGGACCUCACUCAGCACGAGGUCGAGGUGCUCGUGCAGCGGAUGUCCCCCCGGUGGAGGGGCGACGGGUACAGCGUGUUGUCCCGGAAUUGCUGCCACUUCUGCGACGAGCUAUGCAUGUCGAGCUCGGCGUCGCUCGGCCGUCCUUCGUGGCCCUGGGCCCCCUGCCUGACUGGCUCGGCGGCCUCGCCCGCGCGGGCGCCGCCCUCGGCGGCGGUGAUCCAGCGCACGAGGCCGCGGGGGCGCGCGGGCCCCCCGCGGUGGGCGGCCGCGGCCGCGCGGCGGCGGAGCGCACGGCUCCCGGAGCGCGCCCGGGCAGGCCUGCAGCGGAGCAGACCAAGCUCGGACGACUCGCCCCGCUCUCGCCGCGGACGCUGCGAGAGAGCCCUCGUCGGCAGCCCAGGGGCCCUCUGCCCCGAGAGCGACCGGUCCCAGCGGGACGUCUUCCAGACCAAGACGCCCGAGUCUAGCCGACCUCCUGGAUCCGCACGUCUUUAA